CUGAUAACGGCGAUGAUGUCUCCCGGAGCCGAAUUGCGGCCAUACAAUGCUACGAUACAAUUGCUGCUUUUCAAUUUGCCAUGACACGGCGAAACAACCUUCGUUCCUUAGCGCACAGCAUCGUAUUUCCUCCAAUCUCUCCUCUGAUGGCAUCACCCUUCGCGGCUGUGGUGGUGCCGGUGCCUCCGUCUCCUCCUCCCGCCUCCGUGAUCUUGUUUUCGUCGUGAACCCUCAAGGUGCUAAUGGUAGAACAGCUAAGGAGUGGAAGAAGUUGCUUCCUUACCUACGAUCUCGUCUUGGUAAAGACUGUAAUAUAUGCGAAUCUUUGACAUCGGGUCCUUCUCAUGCCAUUGAAAUUACAAGAGAGGCUAUUAGGGAUGGCGCAGAUGCUGUAAUUGCGGUAGGAGGUGAUGGAACACUGCAUGAGGUUGUAAAUGGUUUCUUUUGGGAGGGGAAACGUGUCGGUAAUCUCAACAGCGAUACUAGUCAUUCGGCUGCACUUGGUCUAAUUCCCUUAGGUACUGGCUCGGAUUUUGCUAGAACAUUUGGCUGGAAGAAUGAUCCUUGUGAAGCGGUGGAGCGCAUUGCUAGAGGGAUAAGGUCACGGGUUGAUGUCGGUGUUAUCGACCAGGAAGGAAGGGAUUUGCAUUACUUCAUUAACGUUGCUGAUGUUCAUUUGAGCGCAAAGGCAGGUUUUUACGCAUCAAAGUACAAGAAAUUUGGAAAAUUGUGCUAUGUGAUUGGUGCCCUACAGGCUUUUAUGGGGCAUCAUAACCGAGAUAUGAGAAUCAGAGUCAAUGGAGGUGAAUGGGAAAUAUAUACUCAAGUCACCGCUCUCUGCGUUGGAAACGCUAAAUACUUUGGUGGAGGAAUGAAAAUCACUCCCAACGCCGUCCCUGGAAAUGGAAAUCUUGAGGUUGUGGUUCUUCAAGACUUCAAAUGGUACGAUUUCAUACUGAAACUUCAUAAGCUAUACAGUGGGACGCAUCUCUCGGUUAACAAUGUGAGCUCAAGAAGUGUACAAAGUAUCGAAGUUGAAGAGAUUUCAGACAGUGGAAGUAUCUAUGUUCAGUCAGAUGGAGAACAUCUUGGAUUUCUACCUAGAAAGUUUCGGGUUUUACCCGGUGCCAUCGACAUGAUCAGCUGAUCAAAACCACGCAUGUCAUGAAAUUGUUGAAGACGACUCAUAUAUCACCUCAAUUUUGUUUCAAAUACAACUCUUUUUUUUUUCUUUGUGUGUAGAGAGAUUAUUCUUUUGAAAACCAUUGAAAUUUGAUUCAAUUGUUUAACGAA